UGAAAAGUUGGCUUUUUUUAAGGGGGGUGACGACGACGAAGAAGCUGCUCUCGCAGCGCCAACUGCAGUUGCAGUACUGUCUUCUGAGCUCUCCACCGCCCCCAGCUCCUCCUCCUCAAAAGGGUCUUGCUCAAAUCUCCUUCUGGGCUCUCUGUGGCCUUCGACUCUUUCGCUCCAAGCCAUGGACAGCAGGGUUGGCUCGUGCUCCCUCCGGCGGGGAAAGACGAGACCUUUGGCCGUGAUCUCCUAUGCCCUUUGGGCCUUCGCUGUCUUCUCCGUGGCUUGCGCUGCUGCUUCUUCUCCUGCGACCUCGAAUCUCCAAGUUCAGAAGCGCUUGCGGCGUUUGAACAAACCCGCCAUCAAAACCAUUGAGAGCCCAGAUGGGGACGUGAUAGACUGCGUCCAUAUCUCCGACCAGCCAGCAUUUGAUCACCCUUUCCUAAAAGACCACAAAAUUCAGAUGAGACCGAACUAUCACCCAGAAGGGCUGUUUGAUGAGAACAAGGUGUCCACGGGAGGAAAAGGAAAGAGAAACCAAGUGACUCAGCUCUGGCACUUGAGUGGUAAAUGCCCAGAGAACACCAUACCCAUUAGGAGGACAAAGGAGGAUGAUGUUCUCAGAGCAAGCUCAGUCAGAAGAUAUGGAAGAAAGAAGCACAGAACCAUACCUCAGCCUAAGUCUGCUGAUCCUGAUCUUACCAACCAAGGAGGCCAUCAGCAUGCAAUAGCUUAUGUCGAUGGAGGCAAGUACUAUGGAGCCAAAGCAACCAUAAAUGUGUGGGAACCGAAGAUACAGCAACCCAACGAGUUUAGCUUGUCUCAGCUGUGGAUUUUGGGAGGUUCUUUCGGCGAAGACCUCAACAGCAUUGAAGCUGGUUGGCAGGUCAGUCCAGAACUUUAUGGCGAUAAUAACACACGACUCUUUUCUUACUGGACUAGUGAUGCAUAUCAAGCGACUGGUUGUUACAACCUCCUGUGCUCGGGAUUCAUUCAAAUCAACAACGAGAUAGCGAUGGGGGCCAGCAUAUCGCCGGUCUCCGCUUAUCGUAAUGCGCAGUACGAUAUCAGUAUACUUGUCUGGAAGGAUCCGAAUGAAGGGCACUGGUGGAUGCAGUUCGGGGACAACUAUGUUCUGGGCUACUGGCCCUCGUUCCUGUUCUCGUACUUGGGAGACAGCGCGGCCAUGAUCGAGUGGGGAGGCGAGGUCGUGAACACAGAACCCAGUGGUGAACACACAUCGACCCAGAUGGGAAGCGGCCAUUUCCCUGAAGAAGGGUUCGGGAAGGCAAGUUACUUCAGGAACCUUCAGGUCGUCGAUGGCUCCAACAAUCUCAGGGCCCCGAAAGAGAUAGGCACCUACACGGAGCGAUCCGGUUGCUACAAUGUCCAGACUGGCAAUAACGCCGAUUGGGGCCAUUACUUUUACUAUGGAGGCCCUGGUAGAAACCCAAAAUGCGCAUGAUCUCUCUCUCUCUUCUCUCUCUCUCUCUCUCUCUCUCUCUCUGUGCCCAUAGUCCAUGUUAUGAAAUAUAAAAUGCAUCCCCUCCAUGCCAUCUGCCCUUCAAAUCUGUGGUCAGGCUAGUAACUAAGUGACCUCUUUGUGCAGUGGGAAGUUUUUGACUGUCUCUUGAGUUUAGAGUAAAUGGUUGUAGAGCUGACGAAGUCUAUCAAAAGCCUGAAACAACAGGCCUUUGAUCAUCUCUCUCUCUUUAAUAUGUGGAUACUAUGUCUCUUUGUUUGAGUCGUUGUCGAGUGGCUUGUUGCUGUAUGGACUGGCCUUCCGUUUUCAGCCAUUUUCCCCUGCAACUGUAAUAUAAAGUGUUGGUGCAGACUUAGAUAUCA